AUGGAGCAGGACUUAGAAUUGUUUCAGGAACAAGCUGUCGCUAAAGCUUCUCCGUGUGAAGCUGAACUUCAGGAUUUAGUGCAUCAAAUUGACAUCAUGGUAAACAGCAAGAAAGUGGAAUGGGAAAAGAAGAUGAAAGCUUUAGAAGCGGAGAUGGAUAUCCGGGAUCAAGAAUUAGCGAGUGCCCAGAGCGAACUGAAUCAAAAAGGUCAAGAGGUGGGUCUGCUUCGACAGAAACUGGAAGACUUACAGAAAACUAAAUAUGAAAUGGCUCAGAAUUAUGAAAUUCAGCUUCAAGCACUAAAAUCUCAAUUUUCGAAGUUGACAAAUAGUUAUGAAAAGCUACAGUCACAUCAGUUAAAACAAAAAAAGGUUGAAAGUAGAGAAAAAUGUGAGAAAAGCCCAGAGACACCAUCUGAACUGAGCAAUUUAUACAAGAAACUAGAGGAAUUUAAGGCAAAAUCAGAAGAUAGGGAUAAGAAGGGGACAGUCUGCCAAAAUUGUCUUGUCUAUUUAGAUGCUCAACAAAAAUUAUUGUCCGAGAAAUGUCAUUUAUUUCAGAAGCAGGCCCAGAAUUAUCAAUUCCAAAUAAGCAAUGAAAAACAAACCCAAGAUGUAAUUAGCUAUGGCCAGCCUGAAAAUGGAAAGGAUGAGUUGAUUAUUGAAAAGCUAAAGGCAACUGUGAAUGAAAUAGCAAUAAACAAGAAUAAACUAGAAGAGGAAAAUCUGAAACUCCGGGAGGUUCUAAAAAUGUACCAAAACCAGUUCCAGAACAUGGAGGCAGGCUUUUCAGAAAUGAGAAAUGAGCUGCAGUCACGGGAUGCUCUCUGGAGAAGGAUACAACUGGAAUGCCAACAGCUGCAUGCAGAAUUACUGAAAAUCAGAGAGUAUAAAGACAUGCAGGAAAUUCAAAUAAUGCAUCAGUCAUCUUGCAUACAACUUACUGAGCAACUAGAAAAUAAAAACGCUGAGUUACUACUAUUGGCACAAAGUCAAGAACACCAACGAGAAGAGCUAAACAAGAUAAGAAACCAUGUUUCUCGAGAGGAGCAGUCCCAUCGCUCUGAGCAGGAGAGAAUGAAGACAGAAAUCUCUGACCUCACAGAAGAGCUUCAUCAGAAGGAGAUCACUAUAGCAACUAUCAUGGAGAAAGCUAGUCUUCUGGAAAGACAGUUAAAAAUGGAGUUAGAGAUAAAAGACAAAUUGUUAGCAAAACAACAGUUGUUGGAUUUCCAAUACAAAGUUAUCAAAUCUGAAAACACACAUUUAAAAGAGAUGGUGGAAAACCAGGUGUGUAAAAGUUGCACGAGUAUAGAUUUAUCUGACAAAGAACGUGGGAAUUUCACAGCCUCCAUUCAAAAACUGGAACAUGAGAAUGUAAGAUUACAAAACAGUCUUGUUAAACUACCAAAUGACACAGAAGCACCGAUACUGGGUCACAUGGACAGAUAUGGAGAAACAGAGCACAGCUACCAAACCCAUUCAGAGAUGCAAGAAAAGGAAGAGAGAGGUUGUGAAAAGAAAAUGGAUGAUAAAUCUCCAUCCCCACCAAUGGGGUAUCCUUUGGGCUUUGAUAGGCUGUUCCCUGAAAGGGGCAGAACAGGCAGCUUACUGAGCCCUGCUUACAACAUAGAAGAAACUGAAUUAUCUUCUUCCCCCGAGAUGUCCUUCCUUGCAACAACAGAGAAGUUCCUUCAAGAGGAAGAGAAACAUGCAAGAGAGUUUGAAAAACGUUUAAAUUUGCGCCUUGAAGAACUGCAAAGACAUUCUGAAAAUACUCUAAAACGAUAUGCCUGGAUACAGCAAAGCAGGCAUACUUAA